AUGUCAGCCAGAAACGCCAACAUUGGCGAGCCAGCCCCAGAGUUCACUCCUACAGCCGUAGUGGACGGACAGUUCAAAGAGGUCAAGCUGUCUGACUACAGAGGUAAUCUCUCGUGGACAGAUUCACGUGUAAACAGGAAGUGACAACUUUGCGAGAAGUUUACUUCUGGGUAACCAAGAUUACUACUGAGGUAAUGGUGGAACUGGGUGAAUGGAGAGGCUUUGCUUUGGUGUGAAAUCAACUACACACAAACAAAAAUAAUACAUUAAAACUCAACAUUUCUCAGACUUAAAUCUCUGCUUAGCUAUACACAUCCCAUGGUGUUGAGGUUAAGUCGUGGAUGCAGAUUUUUAACUAUUAGGCAAAUUACCAUAAACCGUAUGCAAUACUUUUCAAAUCCCAUUUCUCUUUUCUCGCUAAGGGAAGUAUGUGGUGCUGUUUUUCUACCCGCUGAACUUCACCUUUGUGUGCCCCACUGAGAUCGUGGCCUUCAGUGAACAUGCUGAGGAGUUCAGGAGAGUGGCUGUGAGGUCCUGGCAGCCUCUACAGACUCCCACUUCAGUCACCUGCCUGGUGAGACCAUGAGCUAUACUAGGGUCAUAUAUGGAAAAUACUGAUAUAGGAAAACAAACCAGAAUCUUGUCCUCUACUGUCCUUCUGUAUAAUCUAUGUUUUUAUUUAAUUAUUUUUCAUCAUGCUGCAUAUAUCUAACUUAAUACCCCAUCUUGUGGCUAUGGUUAGGUAAUAAUUGUCAUGUCUGUGAAGAGGAAUCCAGGAAGUAAAUUCGCUAGGCUGCAUAGGGUCCUGAAGCCCCAUCCUGCCCAGAGUUGAGCUUCUCCUGUCAGCCUGUGUAGCUGUGAUAAGACCUUGCAAGACUGACUGAGUUGGUUUGCACCUCCAGAUACACAGCAGAUGUUUAGCGGCCAUUGUUCAAGUCAUCAAUAAUCAGUCUGUCUGCGGGCAUGCAGUGCAUUUGCGUACAGUCCUGUAUUUAUUGUGUGUGUAAUAGUGAUUCUAUCUCUCCCCCUCCGGUGCAGGAUCAACACAGAGAGGAAGCAGGGAGGUCUGGGCCUCAUGAAGAUCCCUCUGCUGGCUGACCUCACCCAGGCCAUCUCUAGGGUCUACGGAGUGCUGAAGGAGGAUGAGGGCAUAGCCUACAGGUCUGUUACCAAGCUCUGGGACAAGUCUUAUAAUCCUGUUCUCUCGCUCUCUCACUCACAGCUACCCAUUUACUGACCUUUAUACAGUGCUCAGCCCUAAUCCUGUUCUAACCUUCCUCCCUGCUGUCCAGAGGUCUGUUUGUGAUUGAUGACAAGGGCAUCCUGAGGCAGAUCACCAUCAACGACCUGCCAGUGGGGUGCUCUGUGGAUGAGACACUGCGCCUGGUGCAGGCAUUCCAGCACACUGACAAGUUUGGAGAGGGUGAGAGGAGGAGGGGACAGAGAGCAGGUUGGGGAUUUAGAGUAGGAAGUGCUGACAUCUCAGGACAUGGCAGGAGACUCAUAUUGUUAGGCAUCAAUAUACCUCCAUUGUAUGCACUCUAGUGCUACUUGACCUUUAGCCCCUCUUCAGCUCAGUUCCCAUUUGUAUUAGAAUAUACAGUGCAUUUAGUGAGCAAAUGUGUUUGAUAUACACUGUUUGAUCGCAGGGCAGAUGUGUGACUUGUUGUUUCUCUCUACAGUGUGCCCAGCAGGAUGGAGACCAGGGAGCGACACCAUCGUCCCAGACAUCCAGAAGAGCAAGGAGUUUUUCUCCAAACAGAACUGA